UUACUUGACUUGUGCCUUGCUUGUUCAUUGGAAAGUUCACCUUGUUAGGAUUGUUGUCAUUAAUGUGCAGCAAUCAUCAAUGGACGGCACCGUCCAUUGACAAAUGCAGCAGCUGGAGCUGGAGCUGGAGUUGCACCAACCAUGUGCAAACUACCAUUGUCAAAGAAGGCUGCUGGUGCAGCCACCAUUGUUGAAGAUAAGCUGGAGUUGGUGGCCACCAUUGUUGACAAAAGAGCAAGAGGAGCUGCCAUGGAUGCCUAUAAAUAGAGGCAUACAUUAGAGAGCAAAAGGAGAGAGUUAAGAGAAGAAAAGUAGAGCCAAAGAUGUGAGAGAUGUAGGAGAGAGUGGGCUGCCAAGGCAGCCAGCAGUAGCUGCCAUUGCAGCACUAAGAAGAGAGAAAUAGAGUGAGGUUGAGAGUUGCUAAAGAGAGGAUGAUUCCUCCUCCUCUAUUGUUGUAAAUCUUGUUCUCUCCCUAUAUAAUCAAAUGGCUUCUCCCGUGGAUGUAGGCGGUUUGCCGAACCACGUUAAAUAUUGUGUCAGUGUGCUUAGCAUCCAAUGGGCAAAUAUCAGAACAUCACCGGUCGGAAUUCCCUACACACCUCACGACUCAACUAAAAAAUGAUGACACCAUAACAAAAAUAAUCUCUUUCCCAGACAAAUAAAGAGAGACAAAUCCAGCAACCUAACUAUGUCUUUUUUACGCACACUAAUUCCUAGAAACUUGAGGUAGAUCUAUUGAUCAGAUACGUAAUUAACAAAUAUUCUAGCACGGUGCAUGCUUUUGUUGCUGGUUAGUGAGCGUUCUGUCCGUUUUUGAGCAUCUUGAAAAUGAUUGAGCCUGUAGAAAGCAAGGGCUAUUUUGUGAGGCUGCUGACUUUGUUUCACUUAAUUUGUUUGAUCAAUUUCUCGAGUGUCGAGGCUAGAACUCGUCACCACAAAUGGGAGGUCAAGUAUGAAUACAAGUCCCCAGAUUGCUAUAAGAAGCUGAUUAUCACCAUAAAUGGGAGAUCUCCAGGACCAACAAUUUUUGCACAGCAAGGUGAUACUGUUGUUGUUGAGCUAAAAAAUAGUUUGUGGACAGAAAAUGUUGCUGUUCACUGGCAUGGAAUCAGACAGCUCGGAACGCCUUGGAGUGAUGGAACAGAAGGGGUUACCCAGUGUCCGAUUUUACCUGGAGAAACCUUUAUUUACAAAUUUGUUGUAGACAGGGCUGGGACAUACCUGUAUCAUGGGCAUUAUGGAAUGCAAAGAGCAGCUGGAUUAUAUGGAUCCAUCAUUGUAUCGCUUCCUGAAGGAGUUUCUGAACCCUUUUCCUAUGAUUAUGAUCACAACAUAAUCUUAAGUGAUUGGUACCACGCAAGCACUAAUGAACAAGCUGCCGGCCUAUCUGCCAUACCCUUUGUUUUUGUCGGAGAGCCACAGUCACUUCUUAUAUAUGGAAGAGGGAAAUACAACUGCUCUCUUUCCACUGCUUCAGGCAUUGCAGCUGGAGUUUGCAAUACCACAAAUCCUGAAUGCUCUCCUUAUUCGCUGACUGUUGUUCCUGGAAAAACAUAUCGACUGAGGAUUGGCAGCUUGACUUCCCUGUCAGCUCUUAGUUUUGAAAUUGAGGGCCAUGACAUGACUGUUGUAGAAGCGGACGGGAACUAUGUAGAACCAUUUGCUAUAAGAAACCUCUACAUCUACUCUGGUGAGACGUACUCUGUGUUAGUAAAAGCUGAUCAAGAUUCUUCAAGAAACUACUGGGCAACUAUUAAUGUAGUUGCUCGCAAACCGGCAACACCAACUGGUUUGGCCAUUUUCAACUACUAUCCAAACCAUCCACAAAAGCAGCCUCCAACAGUUCCAACCACAGGGCCUCUUUGGAAUGAUACAACAUCAAGGUUGGCUCAAAGUCUUGCAUUUAAGGCUCGUCAAGGUUUCAUUAACACCCCUCCUGUCACUUCAGAUAGAGUGAUCGUGCUUCUAAACACACAAAACAAGAUUGAUGGCCAUUUUAAAUGGUCCUUAAACAACCUAUCUCUCAUACUUCCUCAGACCCCAUACCUCAUUGCACUUAGAGAAAAUUUGACCGAUGCAUUUGUUCAAGACCCUCCUCCUGAUGGAUAUGACUUCGCAAACUAUGACAUACAUAGUGUGGCAAAAAAUGUUAAUGCUACUUCAAGCAACCGAAUAUAUAGGCUACGGUUCAAUUCAACAGUCGAUGUCAUCCUACAAAAUGCUAAUUCUAUGACCGUGAACAACAGUGAGACACAUCCAUGGCAUCUUCAUGGGCAUGAUUUUUGGGUCCUGGGGUACGGUACAGGCAAGUAUAACUUGUCUCGUGACUGGAGAAAGUACAAUGUGGUCAAUCCCAUUAUGAAGAACACAGCACCUCUGCAUCCUUAUGGAUGGACUGCUCUGAGGUUUAGAGCUGAUAAUCCAGGUGUUUGGGCCUUUCAUUGUCAUGUCGAGUCUCAUUUCUACAUGGGCAUGGGUGUGGUGUUCGAAGAAGGGAUAGAGAAGGGGGGUGAGUUGCCUUCAUCCAUUAGGGGAUGUGGUGAAUCUGAAGGUCACCAUCGACCAUAGUGUCUUCAACUAAAAAUACUACGCAUUCUUUUUUCUUACAAUACGAGCAGAGGAGGAUCAUAGCCCCAAGAACAUUUGAAUUUCAUUGCGAUAUCGAUUGGUUUUGAUGUCAAUUGCGAGUCGAAUGUUUCAGGAGCCCAGAAAAACAUCAUGCAAAACUUUAAUGAAUGAUUUGCAUAUGUUCGCCAAAGCCAACUAUAUGAUCAAAAAAAGGGGAAAAAAAUUGGAACUUUAUUAUUCUGAAAGACUGGAAAAAAAAAAUGUA